GUCCAGUGAAGAGGCUGUGCUCCUAGAUUUAAAACAGUCUCAAGCUAUUGCUGUGAUUGACCUUCCAUUUUCUGGCCUGAAAGACUUUCAGGGAAUGAGGAAGAGAUGGCAGUUUCUUGGGGCUCAGUGACCUAUGAAGAUGUAGCUGUGAUAUUCACUCAAGAGGAGUGGGCACUAUUGAGUCCUUCAGAGAAGAAACUCUACAGAGAUGUGAUGUGUGAAAACUUGAGGAACUUUCUUUCACUAGAAAAAGUACAAGAACAUUCCACCAAAGAGCAGCAUAACUUGCAUGGGAGUAAACAAAGUAAUACAGCAGUGAAAAUCUCUGAGUGCAAAAGAAGUCAAAAUGGUAGAAAAUCUCAAGAAUGUGACAUAUACAACAAAUUAUUCACUUAUUCUAUUCAUCUUCAACAACAUGAAAGAAUUCACAGUAGAGAGAAACCCUCUGAAUGUAAACUAUGUAGUAAAACAUUCAGUUGUUCCAGUCAUCUUCGGGCACAUGAAAGAACUCACAGUGGAGAGAAACCCUAUGAAUGUAAACUAUGUAGUAAAAGAUUCAGUUCUUCCACUUAUCUUCGGACACAUAACAGAAUUCACAGUGGAGAGAAACCCUAUGAAUGUAAACUAUGUAGUAAAACAUUCAGACAAUACACUCAUCUUCGGGUACAUGAAAGAACUCACAGUGGAGAGAAACCCUAUGAAUGUAAACUGUGUGGUAAAACAUUCAGUGAUUUUGGUACUCUUUCGAAACAUAAAAGAAUUCAUAGUGGAGAGAAACCCUAUGAAUGUAAACUAUGUAGUAAGACAUUCAGGCAGUACAGUCAUCUUCAGAGUCAUGAACAAACUCACAGUGGAGAGAAACCCUAUGAAUGUAAACAGUGUAGUAAAACAUUCAGUUCUUCCACUUAUCUUCAGACACAUAAAAAAAUUCACAGUGGAGAGAAACCCUAUGAAUGUAAACUAUGUAGUAAAACAUUCAGGCGAUUCAGUCAUCUUCAGAGUCAUGAACAAACUCAUAGUGGAGAGAAACCCUAUGAAUGUAAACAGUGUAGUAAAACAUUCCGUUGUUCUGCUAGUCUUCAGGCACAUCAAAGAAUUCACAGUGGAGAGAAACCCUAUGAAUGUAAACAGUGUAGAAAAACAUUUGGUUGUUCCGGUAGUCUUCAGAGACAUCAAAGUAUUCACAGUGGAGAGAAGCCCUAUGAAUGUAAACUAUGUAGUAAAACAUUCAGGCUGUCCAGUAAUCUUCGAGCACAUGAAAGAAUUCACAGUGGAGAGAAACCCUAUGAAUGUAAAGAAUGUAGUAAAACAUUCAGUCAUCCUAAUAGUCUUCGGGAACAUGAAAGAAUUCACAGUGGAGAGAAACCCUAUGAAUGUAAAGAAUGUAGUAAAACAUUCAGUCGUUCUAGUAGUCUUCAAAAACAUGAAAGAAUUCACAGUGGAGAGAAACCCUAUGAAUGUAAACUAUGUAGUAAAACAUUCAGGCAAUACAAUCAUCUUCAGAGUCAUGAACAAACUCAUAGUGGAGAGAAGCCCUAUGAAUGUAAACUAUGUAGUAAAACAUUCAGUUGUUCCAGUAGUCUUCAAAAACAUGAAAGAAUUCAUAGUAGAGAGAAACCCUAUGAAUGUAAACAGUGUAGUAAAACUUUCAGUUCUUCAAGUCAUCUUCAGAAACAUGAAAGAACUCACAGUGCAGAGAAGCCAUAUGAAUGUAAACAAUGAAGUAAAGCAUUCAUGGA